AUGCCGCGCACCGAAGAAGCACAGUGGUGGUAUGAUGCUGUCUACUCUACCGUCCAACUAAUUCCCCCAGGCCGAUGCACAUCCUAUGGUCAUAUCGCUCUGCUCCUCGGCUAUCCGCAACGUGCGCGUCAAGUAGGCGUGUGUCUCAAACAUCUGCCGUCAUUUGACCCGACAGACCCUGAUCGUCAUUUCUACCAUGACCAGAAUGUGCCUUGGCAGCGGGUGGUAAAUGCAAAAGGUGGGAUUAGCCCCAGAGGUGAUGGCGGUGCUGGUGCGAGUAGGCACGUGCAGAAAUUGAGGGCGGAAGGCAUUGUUGUGAACGACCAGGGUAAUGGGAUUGCAGAAGCCUGGGUGGAUAUGGAGAGAUGGGGAUGGUUUCCUACUAGAAUCCCAGGAGAGGAGAGUGAGCCAGAUGAUGAGGACGAUACGACGAGUUGA